AGCAUGUAUUAUCGGGAUUAGUAGCCUAUGUUGAAUGUUAAUGAAAUUUGAAAUCAAUGCUGAUUUUUAAGUGAAUUGUACAGACCAGCCCAAGAACCAAGAAACAAAGAGAGUUUUUAAAAUGUCUCCAGCAAGAUUAUGGAAAUGUUUCCCAAACUUCAGAUGUAACAGACAAAUAGACUGUAUCGAUAAAAGGCACAGCAGUUUAUUGGUGGUACCUGAAGAUGUGUUGCGAUACGCACGCACCCUUGAAGAACUAUUACUGGAUGCAAAUCAGAUAAAAGACUUACCAAAGCAAUUCUUCCGUCUCGUUAAGCUGAGAAAAUUAGGUCUUAGUGACAAUGAACUACAGAAGAUCCCGGCAGAUAUUGCUCAGUUUGUCUACUUGGUUGACCUUAAUAUCAGCAGGAAUGACAUUGCUGAACUACCAGAGAAUAUCAAGUUUUGCAAAUCCCUCGAAGUUCUUGACAUAAGUGGCAACCCCCUUACAAAGCUGCCUGAUGGUAUUUGCCAACUUGUAUGCAUGAAACAUCUCAAUCUCAACGAUAUAUCGCUGAUCAGAAUGCCACAGGACAUCGGAAACUUAUCCAAGCUACAAACGAUGGAGUGUCGUGAAAAUCUUCUCCAAUCAAUCCCGUAUACCUUAUGUAGUAUUGGGGGGUUGGAACAGCUCGAUCUCGGCAACAAUGAGCUUGAAAGUCUCCCAGAUAGUUUGAGUGAACUAACCAACCUCCGAGAUUUAUGGUUAGAUGGGAAUCACCUUACUUCAUUACCUGAUAGCAUAGGGAAGCUUCAUAACAUUGUGUGCAUGGACCUGAGUGAGAAUAAGUUGGAGUCGGUUCCUGAAACCAUUGGCGAUUUACAUUCGAUCACCGAUCUUACCUUGUCACACAACUUUAUUGAUGCUCUGCCAGAGUCUAUAGGGAAAUUGAAGACACUGUCAAUCCUAAAAGUCGAUCAGAAUCGCAUCUCGAAGCUUCCGUCUUCUAUUGGGGAUUGGCCGAAUAUAACGGAACUCAUGCUCACUGAGAACCUUCUCACUGAGCUGCCCGCUUCCAUUGGCAACUUGCAAAAGAUGACGACGCUUAACGUGGAUCGGAACCAGCUGGAAGUUCUGCCACCAGAGCUUGGGAAAUGUUCAAGCCUCAACAUUCUAUCUGUGCGAGACAACAUGUUAACCUACCUACCCACUGAGCUGGGUAACGCAACUAACUUGAGGGUUCUGAAUGUGAGUGGGAACCGACUUGAUUGUCUUCCUAUAUCUCUUGCUUCUCUCAAGCUUAAAGCUCUGUGGCUUUCUGAAAAUCAAUCCCAGCCUUUGUUGAAAUUCCAAACAGAGAAUCGCGGAGGUGCAGGCGACGUAUUGACGUGUUUUCUUCUGCCACAACAACCUACACAGAGCAUGGUUAAUUUGUUGAACGGCAGUGUUGCCACACAAGAUGAUCUAAGCAGCAUUGGUAGACAACAGAAGCGCAUCACUUUCCAUGAGGAUCAGCUUAAGGAUAUUGAAGAUGAAGGGCAAGGAGUCUUGCAACGCCAUCUUACCCCACAUCCCAAAGAACUUAAGAGACAGCAACAAAGUGAAGUCAUCCAACGACACAGACAACAAGCUCAGAAAGAACAAGAAGCUACAAAAGUUGCUGAUGACGAAGCUGAAAACAAAGAACGGGACGUGAACAAUGAAGAUCAACCCUUGCUGGAUGAAAGUGCGUUAACUGAAGCAUCGAAUGUUGUUCAAGAUACAAUCCCUCCAACUUAUGAAGAGGCAACAGAGAAGAGUGAAUUGCUCCAACAUCAGGAGGAGCAAGAGGAGGAAGAGGAGGGAGAGUAUGAGGAGAAAGAGGUUCGGUUCGGUCAAGGAACUGAAGGAUCGGACCAGGAAGAUGCUCCAAGAUCGGAUCGUCUCCAUCGUAAAGAUACGCCUCAUUACAAGCGGGAUAUGAGGAUCACAGAAAGCGAUAAACCAGACUCGGUCGUUGCUUUGCUUAAAAAAUCCUCAGUAAAAGAGACAGGAGAAGGCCCGGGAACUGAGCUAUUCAUGGAACAAGUUGAGCUAACCAUCAACAGAGAGGGUGGUGGACUUGGUUUAAGCAUAGCUGGCGGUAAGGGUUCGAUGCCGUAUGCUGAGGAUGAUGAAGCCAUUUUUAUAUCACGUGUAACACCUAAGGGUGCGGCUGCUAAUGCUGGGGUUCGGCAAGGAGAUCGCCUUCUUGCGGUUGGAGAUGUUGUAUUGACUGAUGUAGAACACUCAGUAGCUGUGGAAGCACUGAAGAAUAGUGAUGAACUGGUGUGCUUGCUUGUGGAAAGGUGGUCAAGGCGUAAGUUGGAAACAGACGACAGCCAGAAAAAUGGGGAGGAAAGAUUGGAGGAGCCUGAAGAGGAGGAAGCUUCUCCUGAGGUGAAAAAGCAAACCGUGUCUUUUGCCCCGGAGCCAGAAAUGAAGAUUCAAGGAGAGACAUUCACAACCACUUUGAAGCGUACAGACCAGGGGUUGGGGUUCUCCAUUGCUGGGGGUGUCGGUUCGACCCCUUUUCGGCCCGGUGACCCCGGGAUUUUCGUGUCAAAGGUCGUGGAAGGGGGCGAGGCCGAUGUUGAGGGUCAGGUCCAACUUGGGGACAAAGUUUUAUCGAUCAAUGGUUGUGACAUGACGAACGCUAGGCACGACGAAGCCGUCAGGCUGCUUAAACAAAUCAGCCCCGAAGUGGGGAUAACGUUAAUCUUGUACCGUGAGGAUAUAUUCUACACCCAACCCCCCGUGCCUGGUCGUGAUCAGAUUGAAGCCGUGCAAGUUACAUCAGAGGAUUAUAACCUUAACUCUAACAAUGCAAAUCCCAUUGCUUAUGUACAAGAUCAGUCCCCUGCAUUGCCACCAAAGGUUUAUAAGAAUCUACAACAGUUUGAAAGCAACGAGAAGUAUCCAACUGAGGAGAUACACUUGGUAAGGGGUGAGGGACCACUUGGCUUGAGCAUCGUUGGUGGGAGAGACCAUAAUAGUCAUCCAUUUGGCAUCAGCGAACCUGGAAUCUUUGUUUCUAAGAUCCAGGCAGAUGGGGCAGCAGCCAACAGUAAUCUACGGAUUGGAGAUCGCAUAUUAGAGGUCAAUGACAUUGAUCUGAUGUAUGCUUCACAUGAUGAAGGGGUGAAUGCAUUACUUGCAAGUGGGCAAAGCAUGAGACUCCUUGUGAGACACGACCCCCCACCUCCUGAAAUGGCGGAAAUCCACUUGGUUCGCAAUCCUGGUGAAAAGCUGGGUAUCAGUAUAAGAGGUGGGGUGAAGGGACACCCAGGCAACCCCCUAGAUGAAACUGAUGAGGGAAUUUUUAUUUCCAAGAUUAAUCCUGACGGUGCCGCAUUCCGUGACGGUCGCAUCUCGGUAGGCCAGCGAAUCUUGGAGGUAAACGGGCAGUCCCUUUUGGGCUGUACGCAUUCCGAAGCGGUGCGUACCCUGAGAGCUAUCGGCGACGAGGCCAACUUUCUGCUUUGCAAAGGUUACGACCCAUCUGAAGUAACUGUAUGCGGGUUGCAAGCCGGCCACCCUGCUGCUGUUGAGGCCUCACCUGGCGUGAUUGUGAAUCCCCUGAUCAUGAGAUCGGAGAGCAGCUCUUCCGUUGAUGAGGAUGUAACUCCGGAAGAGAUGAACAUCCACCAUCAAGAAAGCCAGAUGCUUAAGGAGCAGGAUGCCUGGGAGAAAGAAGAAAUAAAGAAAAGGGAGCAAUUAAAGAGAAUAAGAGACGUGGAGGAGAAAGAGAAUAUUCAAAUUGAGCAACCAGUUACAAAUGGCAGCCACCAGGAGCAUGAGGUAUCGUUCACCUAUCCCCCACCAAAGUCAGCCCCCCCUGUAGCAACGAAACCUUCAUACAAACAACUUUCAAACACACCCCCUUCCUUGGUCUCUUAUAAACCACAGGUUCCCGAACUACAGGACAGUAAUGACUUGGAAAUAGAAACCAUCACCUCAAGCAUGUCACCCAAGCAUCCAAACUAUGAUGAGAAUGAGGAUCAUCAUAUAAGUAAAAAGGUGGAGCUUGGCAGUGGAGCAAUGGCUGGGUUGGCAAAGCAUAGUUACCGUGAAUUGAGCGAUGUCCCGGUCAGGAACGUACCCGUCUUGCCCCCAGAUGAGGAAAAACCUGAACCUCGCAGAAGAAGACGCAGUCGACAGCUUUCAAAAGGUGGUGAAAAAACCACUGAGCCCCCUAUAAGCCCAGAGCUGUCCCCGCCCCCAAUUUCCCCGAAACCCAAGUCCCGCCCCGCCGCCAUGCCCCCUCCUAUACCCCCUAAAACUCGGAGCCAGAAACCCUCGAUCACCAAGGAGAGAAUUUCUGACGAGCCACACAAGAAAGCUUCUUAUCGUCUUUACGCUUCGCUGCCUCGGCCUAAAACCGAGUCGUUUGUUAAGGAAGAUGAUGCAGAAGAAGAAGUUCUUCUUCCCACCGAUGUUGGAGCACAAAGCACAAGUUUACUCCCAAACACAUUAACCCCACAGCCCACCAAAGAUCCCAAAACAAAACCAUCUCUACCACGCUUAAACAUCUCACAAAUUCCACCCCCUAGCUCAAGCGAUUUUCCCCACAGACCCACCCUAUCCCCUCGUAACCCAACCAGCCCCCAGGUCCGAUAUUCAUGGCCCCAAGGCCCCACCCCAUGUAGCCCAUCACCCCCACCUUCGUUCCGACAAAACCCCACCUCCCUUCCGUCACCCCACCCCGACAUUGUGCAUGAGGAUCUAUUCUUCCGGAAGUUGCAACAUACCAAGCUUGCAGCUCCUCCAUCCUUCCUCCCAUCAGAUGAAACACAAAAGAAGAAGAUUCCAAAAUCUCCGUCUAGAUCUCCGAAAAGAUUCGAUUAUCGUCAAUUUGCUGCUGUCCCUGACCCCAUCACCCCACUACCCCCCAGUGAAAAUUCCAGCCCACAAAGUGUCUUAUCCACUGAGCAUGGUACACAAGAAAGCAGAACCCCCACAGUCACCCUCGUUGCCACUAUGCAUGACUGGCAUGUUCCACCUGAAUCUUCAUUAUGGCACCAAACAUACAACGCCAAGCAUGAUCCGAACUUCGCAACAUUUUUCCCUGACUACCGUUCCCUUGCUGCUCUUCCUGAAGAAAAAACAGUGGAAACUUUACGGGAAGUUCCUCCAAAGUCUCCUUUUACAAUAAAACCACAUCUGAGUCCUCCGAUGACUUCCCCUCCUCAACUUAAAAUCACUGACGAGGAUGGAAGUCCCCUGCUCCCUGUCCGGCAGCGGGCAGUCCACUUUUCCUCACAAGAUGACGAUAUUUCUUACUUACUCCCCAAAACUUUUACUCCACGCUCUUUAUCGCCCUCUUCUGCUCUCUCUUCCCCAGAAAUCCAGGCUCCACCAAGCUCAGCGCCUCCGGUGGUGGAUAACAAGCACGUUGAUCGAAUGUCGUUCCGCGAUCGAAGGAAAUAUUUCGAGCAGGAGAUCAAGCACCAAGCAGAUGACACAGGGAGCAUUGGGAGGAGGAAGAAGAUCAGCCUCGUCAGCGAUCAAGAUCUUAGGACCAUUAAGCAGGAGGAAGAGAAGAAAUAUGGGACUUUAUCCAAGGAAGACAUCCGGAAGUCGAUGGAUAUAGAUGAGGAAGAUGAGGAGAUGAUCGAAGAUAUGGCCGACAUCUCGACAAGGGUUGAUCCCGAUGCUUCCAUUGUUAUAGAGGGGAAAGAAUAUAAAGUGGAAAAACGACCACAGAAACUGAGCGCACGUGAGCGACUGACUCCACAAUUUUCAGUUCCCGUUACAGCAAGUAGUGAGGAGGAUCUCAUCCGAUCGUUGGAGAAAGAUGUGAAGAGAGCAAGUUGCAUUGAAGAUAGAGACGCAACACCAAGUGCUUUGAACGAGAGGUUAAAAGUGACGUCACCUGAGGUCAAACGAGAUGCCAGGGGAGGUCAUGACCUUUCACCUGCGGAACGUCGAGCUUUGGAAGCCGAGAAACGCAAACAAUGGAGACAAGAAAGGAUGGCAUCACUUGAAAACGACAUUGCGAUUUACAAUACGUUAAAAGCGCGACGUCGCUCUGCACAGCGGUCGCUUAGUGCCUCUAGUGGCACAGAAUCAGUUACCGAUAGCAACGGUUCGGCAGACGGCUGUAUGAGGUUUAAAUCACUGGAGGCGGACGCCUUGCAAGCACAGAUGGUAAUGACCAAGGAGAAAAUGAAAGGUCGGCGGAGCGAGGGUUCAUUCAACGCGACUGACAAACAACAGCCAGCGGUAAGUGACAUCCAAGGGUGGUAAGUUCAACCCUCACCCGGGUGACAAACCAUAUGACCUAGUGCCGUUUCUUCUUGUGCCACUUUUCCACUGCCGCCAGAUGGCGAUAGAGCACCAAAGUCGGAGCUUCACUGAUUCAUAUAACCGUUUAAUUUUAACCGUCAACAAACAAGCUUACUAGGUGCCGACAUUUUAGUCGCUCAAACUACUUCACUUUUAACCUUUUUACCAGCGACUUUUGGUAAUUCCCCAGUACCGAUACAGCCACUCAAAAAUGGGCACGUAUUGUAGCAAAUAGUUUCAUUGCUUUAAGGCCAUCUUAAACAAGGGUCCACUAUUCCACAGCUAUAAUUCAAGUUUUACUGCUCAGCUAGACCUCGCCAAACGGGCUUCUAUCUUCUUUAUUUGUUUUUUACCGUCUCAAACGUGUCGCGCGGUUGAGACUUUUUAAUCCCAAGCCAAUUCAAUUAGUCUUGAUGGCGUCACUAUAUGACGUCAUCAAAUGUUGUCACUUUUGCGAUACCGCUUAGUUACUUUGUUUAUCCGAUCAUGGUACCGCGUGUAAUUACGUAGCCGUAUAUAACGCUUUAGUUUCCGUUUUUUUCCGCUGUUUUCGGUCAUCUCGAUUCGCGUUUUCCGCAUAAUAACUUUUUCUAACCUUUCCUCGGACCUUGCUUUUGUGGUUGGACGAGUAAUUUUGCCCAACUUUCGGCGCUCCAAUGGUGCUGACUGUUUGUCAAAUGUAUUUUUCUAAAAAUUCUAAUUCGUUGUUUUACCCAACUAACGAUGAUAAUGGAUAUGUAUAUUGGGGCGUAAUUACAACCUCUAAUAGCGAA